AUGUACUCUCGACUUAAAAUGAUACGAAGGUACACAACACCACCGGUGAUGAAAAGCGAUUCUAUUCAAUUACACAGUUUGGUGAAGACGGCACUGUUUGAAGCCUUGAAUAGCCGGUACAAAUCAGGGGCACUACAGAUAGUGCAGGAUGUCAAUUGGAAUGCCAAAAUAACACCUUCAAAUUCUCCAGAACUUCUGACUGCAACUCUAAAUUCAAAUCGAUCUUUGCCGAUGACCAAGUUUCCUAAACAGGAUAUCUUAGAACAGGUAAAACUGGACACUAAAGUUGGCCAAUGGAGGAAAUUCAUGACAGGGUGGUUUAGAAUCGGGUUGUAUCUUUUAAAAAGCUAUAAAACAGGGAUUCAGAACACUUUAAAAGUAUUUUGGGAUACACGAAACGAAGGACGUAAAUUCGACAUUAAAAAUGGCGCUUUGGCCAAAUUGGUACGGGAAAUAGAAAUGCAUGAAAUCAACAUUAAGCUAUCGUCUUCAUCAUUGCCUAGUAGAGUAUCGGCAAAAGUCCCAUCAAGGCCAUUUUCAAUCAAUAGGAAAGCACUGGUGGAGCUGAUCAGGCGAGAUCAAAUCUGGAAGUUACCGGUAUUCUUCACUUUAGUAUUCAUAUUCGAGGAGGUUAGUGCAUUGAUCUUCACAUUUUUUCCGCGUGUCUGCCCAUACAAUUGCUUAACUCCUGGUGGAUACAAGAAGCUAUCUAACCUUCAUAUCAAAAAUACUACAAGGCCACAAGAGAACUACGGCCUGGGUCCCUUAGAGUUUACUAAGCAGGGUGCUAUCAAGUAUGAGGCACCGUAUGUUGUUCCUAUUGAGAAUUUGUAUAGUUUUCUGACAAGCUUUCCUCAAAGUAUGGUAUCAAAAUGGAAGCUGUACAUUUAUAAGAAGUUAAAAUUACAGAAAUUACUUUGCAAUGAGAUAGAAAAAAUUUACCAGUAUUUCUUUAUCGAUGACUGGUUACUGUUGCAGAGUAUACUGAACACUGAUGUUGAGGCAACUAAAAUCGGGCUAAGUGAUAGGGAAUUGGUUAACUGCAUUCUUGAAAGGAAACUUUAUCGAAUGGGCGAUGACCUGAAUGAGAUGGUUAAUGACACGUUAGGGCAAAAAAUCUUAUUGAAAAGACUGUUCCUCUAUUGGUCAUUGAGAUAUAAUGACACGGUAUCUUUAAACGGAAAACAUACGUUCAGUGAAAAAUGGGGCGUUAAUAAUAUCUCAUUGUUAAAAUAUAAUUCAGAAUUGGUAAUUACGAAUGAUAUUUAA